AGCACCAUGGCCAUGAGCAGUGGGCAGCCAGUACCCUCCCUGACCCAGGAGAUCCUUGGCCACCUGGGCCUUGCCAGCAAGACGGCAGCGUGGGGAACACUGGGCACCCUCAGGACCUGCCUGAACUUCAGCGUGGACAAGGACGUGCAGCGGCUGCUGAGGGCCAUCGCGGGCCCAGGGGUGGACCGCAGCACCAUUGUGGAUGUGCUGACCAACCGGAGCAGAGAGCAAAGACAGCUCAUCUCUAGGACCUUCCAAGAGCGCACCCAGCAGGAUCUGCUGAAGUCCCUGCAGGCAGCACUCUCCGGAGACCUGGAGAGACUUGUAGUGGCUCUGCUGCAGCCUGCAGCCCAAGUCGAUGCCCGGGAACUGAGGACAGCCUUGCAGGCCUCCUCAGGUCCUGCUAAAGAUGUGGCCACAGAAAUCCUUGCCACACGAGCCCCAGCCCAGCUGCAAGAGUGCCUGGCAGCCUACAAGCAUGAUUUCCAGACAGAGGUAGAGGAGGACAUCAAGGUUGAGACCAGCGGCGUGCUGCGGGACCUACUGCUGGCCCUGGCCAAGGGGAGUCGCGAGGGCUACUCAGGGAUUAUUGACUACAACCUAGCCGAACAGGACGUCCAGGCCUUAAAGCAGCCGGCAGGACCCUGCUCCGAGGGGACGUGGGUCAUCAUCCUCACCCAGCGGAACCUGGAGCACCUCCGCCGAGUGUUUGAACUUUACCGGCAGCGCACGGGGCAUGAGCUGGAGGAGGCUGUCCAGACCCGUUUCCAUGGAGACUCCCAGGUGGCCCUGCUAGGCCUGGCCUCAGUGAUCAGGAACACUGCGCUGUAUUUUGCUGAGAAGUUACACCGAGCCUUGCAGGAACCCGAGCCCAAUUAUCAGGCCCUGAUGCGCAUCCUCAUCUCCCGAAGUGAAACCGACCUGUUGAGCAUCCGCGCGGAGUUCAAGAAGAAAUUUGGGAAGUCCCUCUAUUCUUCCUUGCAGGAUGCUGUGAGGGGCGACUGCCGCUCAGCGCUUCUGGCCCUGUGUAGGGCGGAAGACUUGUGAGACCUUGCUGUCCCCAACUGCACCUGGCGUGUCACCCUGCAAGUGGUGAAGUCCACGGGAGACCAACAGGGCCCUCCCUCCUGAGAACCACCAACUCCAGCUUCUUGCUGUGGCUGGAACCCUGCCUUUUCUUGAAAUCUCUCCAUCCACCUUGUUUCUACCCAGGCCCUCGGGCUCUGUCUUAGCUGUGGGGGUGAUGGGCACCUCUCGGAUCCAUCCUGGCUAUGUCUCUUUCUCAUCCCCCUGCCAGAAACUCUCCCUGGCUCGCACACUCUUGAGGCAAAUGGCACUGUUGUUUGUGUGCCCUGCUUGAAGCCUGGGUGGAGCAGGACGCGGCCAGGAAGCAGGUUUGAAGCGGAGGCCCCUUUGAUGUGCAUGUUGGAAUCCCCGUUUUGGCCCCAGAGCUGCAGUUAUCCACAGGCUCCCGCCCUGGGCCUCCCUGCAUCCUCAUUAUUUUCUCUUCCCCAGGAAAUUUCAGGCAAAAUAAAAAAGGAGCAGGCAGCAAA